GAGCGAGCGUUCUAACGGAGGGCUCGACGUGAUACGUCACAAAGCUUUCUUUCACUUUCCUUUGGGGAGCUGGAGCGUGGUCUUUUUCGGGAUCAAAAAGCUCCGCUAGGAGAUUUGGAGGCUGGGCGAGGGGAAAGGAGUGUAAAUGUGGGCGGUGGGAGAUCUGGACUUCGCAGGGAAAGCGCUGUAGGGCUGCGUCCCACAAUAACAGGGCGACCUACUGUUAUCUAGGCUAACUAUUGGGAAAAGGAGGAAUACGGAAUAGCUCAAGAGAAGGAGAAUAGCAGUGGCUUAGGUCGUAGGGUAUAACAAAACGAAAGAGGUAUUACGAUAGGCACACGAUAUAGGAGGGACUGAAUUGGAUUUUGUAUAAUACUGACUCGCUGGAUUAAUUCUCUCCUGCUGAAGCACAUUUAUUGAGAAACUCAAUUUUGAAAUGAUUUGCCACAGAUGGUUUGGCAUUAUUUAAACAUCUGUUAUUUAAGAAAUCCUGUUGUUAACGCUUAGUGGCUAUGGAGUCGUCCAGGUCAUGGUUGUCCCAAAGGUGUUUGUUCAAAAGGCAACUAGACUUUGCUUUUCCUUGAAGAUGUUUCGCUUUUCAUCCAUGGUCAGAACUGAAGAAGCCUCUUGGAUGAGACAUGAAACAUCUUCAAAGGAAAAACAAAGAAAGUCCAGUUGACUUUUGAAAAAGUGCCUUUGGAUUGUUAACCCUUGUUAAAGAUUAUUGGAUAUUCCUAUACGUUUGUUAAAAAACUGAAAAGCUAAAGAUACUUUUGAGCACCUACAAAAUGCAUUCAUUGGGUAAAUUAAGGUUUCUUUACCUUGAAUAGGAGGUUGAGUUAAAAGACCUGCAAGGUCCUUUCUAACCCUAUUAUUUUAUGUUCUAAAUCAGAGAAUGUGACUGAUGUUAUUGUUGGACUGCAGUUGGAAUCUUCAAAAACAUGUUCUACAAUUGCUCAUAUUUGAUGUAAUGGUCAUAGGACUGCCAAUUUGCUUUUUAGUAAUAAUGAUUGCUUGCAGGCUUGUAUAGGAACAUACCUGAGAUGAUGGAUAUUGUAUGUGUGGGUGAGGAAUAUGGGUAGACAAAAGAACUUGAAUAUCACUUUGGAAAGACUAAGCUAUGCAGGACAUAAAACAGUGGACAAUAUAAGCAUCACAAUUUGUAGACAGGCAUCCUAGUUUCAACUUGAUGGUACUCUUUAUUUUUUAUGAAUCACUUGGAACAGGAGGGAAUAGAAGAUAACAGGUGUUGGGGGUUGUUUAAAAUUAGACCAUAGAUUCAAUGUAGCUUAUGUUCAGAUUGUUGCCUAUUUUGGUUUUAACUAAAUAGUAAACUGUUAAAAGACAAGCAAGGUGUGAAGAUAGCAACUCUGUACUUCUUCACAUUAACUGCAUUUUUGUGCAGCAGCUGUUAUGAUUCCAGAAUAAAAUGUAGCUGUUUUAAGGCCUUGCAAACCAAUGCUGCCUUGGCAUAUUUUAGAGAAUUUCUUUAUUUUCAGAAGACUGCACAGCCACACUUUUUCCACUUUAAAUGAGCAUAAAAAUACUUAACUGCAUCUUUCUAAAUUGUAAGACAAUAUGAUAAUGAAUGUGUUUGUGUGUUUUUAAUAAAAUCUAUUUCCUAAAUAAUUUUUUAUAUCUACUUUUAGGCAAAAAGACUUAAGAAAAACGAGGAACUGAAAUUUGCACUAAAAUGAGUUCAUAAUCUCUGUAUUUUUUCACUUUGUACAGAUAUUCUAUACAUAAUAAAGUUAAAUAAUUUUUCUGUAAAUAAGCUGUGUCAGUCAUGCCUACAUUAAAAAAAUUUCGUGCUAUGAUGCAUAUGAACAAACGGGGAUUAAGAAGAACAUGUACUUUGGAUGAGAUCAAGACAGAUGUCUCGUUUUUAUAUCCCCCUCCAAAUGGGGGUUGGGGCUGGGUUGUAGUCUUAGCUGCUGCUACUCACUGCUUGUUUGUCAGUGGAUUUCAUAGCGCUUUUGGUGUUUACAUGCUGCCCCUUCUUGACACUUUUAAGUCAAGUAACUCGCAGAUAGCUUGGAUUGGAUCUGUCAGCUACGCUUUCAUUAUGAUUUUUGGCCCUGUUUCUGGAAAACUUCUUGUGAAGUAUGGAGCUAUAAAAGUGGCGAUAAUUGGAAAUCUAGUGACCAUAGGUGGUCUGGUGUGGUCAUCCUAUAGUGAAAAAUUAUCAAUGCUGUUUUUCACUCAUGGAAUCAUUGUUGGUGUGGGAUCAAGUCUGGCCUACACUCCAGGCCUGAUAAUGGUUAGCCUUUACUUUACUACAAGGCGCUCAUUUGCCACUGGAUUGGUGAUGGCUGGAGGGGCUGCAGGAACUUUCGUACAGAAUAGACUUCAGUAUUAUUUAAUUCAGAAACUUGGAUGGAGACAUAGUUUGCGUGUAUAUAGUGGAAUUCUAUCCAUAUGUAUUUUUGCUGGAUUUGCAUACAAGCCUCUUCAAAAACAUAGAACUCAUCCAAGUGUAGUUGAAAAAUUUAAAACAUCGCCACUAAGAGGUUUUAUAGUUGAUUUAGGUUUAUGGAAAGAUCGUAUUUUCGAGGUAUGGGUCAGUUCUCUUGGACUAGCGAAAUUUGGGUUCUUCAUACCUUUUGUGCAUAUGAUGAAACUUGCAGGUGAUUUGGGUAUUCCUUUGGAAAAAGCAUCCUACAUUAUGGUAGGACUUGGAGUAAGCAGCAUGAUUAGUUGUCUUCUGUUUGGAAAAAUUUGUGAUAUUGAAAAUAUCGACCGACUUUAUAUUAAUCAGGCAUCCAUAUUAUCUGUUGGUGUGGUCUACUUUAUUAUUCCUCACUGCACAUCUUUUGGUACUCUUGUAGCCAUUUGCUCCCUUUUGGGAUUUUUUGAUGCAGGAAACUAUGUUCUCCUACCUGUCCUUACAUUUGAUUUGAUGGGAGCAGAGAGAAUGCCUGUUGCAUGGGGAUUUAUGAUGGCUGUCAAUGCAAUUAGCUGUUUUGGUCCACCCUUUGCAGGUGCAAUGUAUGACAUAUAUGGCAGUUACACCACUGGCUUUGUAGUAACAGGGAUCUGCAAUAUUGCAGCAGCUGGUAUACUUGCUUUAAUACCCUGGUUGCAAAGAGAAGCAGUCCAGUCAACAAAAAACUACAUUAAUGCUUCUGUCUGUGUAAUAACCAAUACUAUAGUGCCUUGGCAAUCUCCAAGUCCUUCAUUAGGGAGUAUUAGUUCCUCGUUCACAAAAUCAAUGGCAUCUCCUAAACAAAGUACAUCAGGCCAUUCAAAAGGAUUCAGCAUGAAGUCUUUUAAGAGUAUACUAAAGUCAGAGGCAGCAUCAUAUAAGAAUGUGACUCCACAAGUGACCUCAGAACAAAGGCCUUCUGUGGAAUAUAUCAGGGUUCUCCAGGAGCAUGAGGAGAAUACAGCCGACGGGAAGCAAGAUUCAGGCAAAUCAGAGUUAGCAUCUCUUCGAAGUCAAACUUCAGUCUCCAUGAUCCAGGCAGAACCCAUUCCUUGUAGAAAAGAAGAUGGAGUGGUCUUCUUGAAUGAGUAUGAGGGAGAUGAAGAAGAAGCUGGGAUUACAACCGAAGUAAGGCCUGCACAAGAGCUAACAGUGCCAGAACAAUUUGUGAGAAGGGAAAGGUCAGACUCUAAACAGUUAGAGCGCUUUCCUCACAGAAAAGAAGAUGGGGUGGCCUUCUUAGAUGAGUAUGAGGAAGAGGAAGAAGAAGCUGAGAUUACAACCGAAGUAAGGCCUGCACAAGAGCUAACAGUGCCAGAACAAUUUGUGAGAAGGGAAAGGUCAGACUCUAAACAGAUGGAGCGCUUUCCUCACAGAAAAGAAGAUGGGGUGGCCUUCUUAGAUGAGUAUGAGGAAGAGGAAGAAGAAGCUGAGAUUACAACUGGAGUAAGGCCUGCGCAAGGACUAACAGUGCCAGAACUAUUUGUGAGAAGGGAAAGGUCAGACUCUAAACAGUUGGAGCACAUUUUUCACAGAAAAGAAGAUGGAGUUGCUUUUUUAGAUGACUUUAUUAGUGGUGAGGAAGAGCACUUGAAAUAUAUGCCUUCUGCCUCUCACAGAAAAGAAGAUGGGACGGUGUUCUUGGAGGAUAUUGAUGACCCUAAUGUGUAUCAAGAGCAGCUUAAAAGCACAGCUGCACCGAGUCCAAUGGAAGAUGUAACCAAAUCAGAAAUGGCAUCUGAAGAAAAUGAAACUUCCACAUCAUUGAAAGAUUCUGAACACACUUCCCCACAGAAAGAGCAAUGAUGUGAUAUUUGCUAAAGAUGAAGUUACAAUUUACAGUCAUAGUAGGACAUAAUAAGAAUUCAUUAGUAAUAUUAAUGGCAUUUGAUCUAGCACAUCUUUAUGACUUACUUGUAGUAAUUUCCUUGUGUUAUUCUGUCUACUUUUGUCAUGCUUAUUUACAUAGCUUUUUCUUUUUCAUUAUUUUAUAACUUAGAUGUACCAACAAUUUGAAAAGAACUGGGUUCCCAGCAGAUAUUAAAACCAUUUGGUCAUUUUGCUGCUUUUGGAAAAUAAAUGAGCCUUUAAAGUUUAAGUUA